AUGGUCAAUUUGUGGGUCGACAUCUGCCACCCAAUGAAGAUGGAGCAGAGUGGAGAAAUUUUCGACUUUUAUGAAGUCGAUUUUUCUCAAUAUGAAGUUUCGGAUCAAGGGGCCAUUCGUCAUCAUAUACAUACAGCAUACGCAUUCAAACGACAGGAUUACAAUGCCGAUGUCAAGUGUGACAUCAAUCAUAUCAAUCGCAUCCGUGAUGACAAUCGGGCGGAGAAUCCUUCAAUGGAUCUCUUUUGGGGCUGA